GCCUGGACUGAGCGGUCGUGUCGAAAAUUAAACAAAUAAUUUUAUUAUAAAAAAGCUUUAUUUUUAAAGAGUAAACUGUGUGAUUUAAGGAAGGAGUUUAUCAAUUUCUAAGAUGAGUGCUACAAUAGAUGUACCCAAGUUGAAGAUGCUGGAUGAUCGGGAGAUGCCUGCCAUCGCACUCGGCACCUACUUGGGAUUUGAUAAGGGCGGUGCAGUCACAUCCAAAGACAAGCAACUUCGCAAUGUAGUGAUGGAGGCCAUAGACCUCGGAUACAGACACUUCGACACUGCUGCCAUCUACAACACGGAGGGUGAAGUGGGAGAGGCCAUCAGAUUGAAGAUUGACGAGGGAGUGAUCAAGAGGGAAGAUGUGUUUCUUACUACUAAGCUAUGGAACACCCACCACAAACGCGAGCAGGUAGCUGUCGCCAUGAAGGAGACCCUCAACAAGACCGGGCUGGACUACGUGGACCUGUUCCUUAUGCAUUGGCCUAUCGCACUCAAUGAAGACUACAGUCACUCCAAUACGGAUUACUUGGAGACCUGGCGCGCCAUGGAAGAGAUGGUCAAGCUUGGAUACACCAAGUCUAUUGGUUUGUCCAACUUCAAUAAGCUGCAAGUCGCGACAGUCCUCCAGGAAUGCACCAUUAAACCUGUCGCUUUGCAAAUUGAGGUUCAUCCUCAAAUUAUUCAAGAAGACCUGAUCAGCUACGCCAAAGAUGAAGGCAUCAUUGUCAUGGGCUAUAGUCCUUUCGGUUCCCUAGUCAAGAGAUUUGGUAUGGACUUUCCUGGGCCCAAAAUGGAUGACCCGGUUCUCACGUCUUUGGCCCAGAAAUACGAGAAGACUCCUGCCCAAAUUGUGUUACGUUGGUUGGUCGACAGGAACGUAGUUCCGAUUCCAAAAACCGUUAGUCCAAAGAGACUGUUGGAAAACAUCAACAUUUUCGAUUUCAAGUUGAAAGAAGAAGAAAUCGAGAAGAUUAAUCAAUUCAAUUCUAAUACUCGAUACACACUGCCUUCAUUCUGGCAGACGCACCCCUUUUAUCCAUUUGAUAUAGUCCCAGACCCCAUCCCUGAUCCUUUUAGGUCUCAAAUUAAGUCUUAAAUUGAAGCCAAGAUUGAAACCUGCUGUUUUUGAUGAUAAAAAAUUAGUAUCGAGUAAUAGUAAUGAUCUCUAUUUGAUCAACUUUUUUUAUCUGUUGUGCAUGUCACAGAUUAAAUAUUAGCGCGCAAUUUUAAAAGCAAUCACAAUCACAAUUGUUAUUGAGUUUUAUUGAUUUAAAGGAGAUCAAAUUCAAGACUGUAUUUUAGAUGUAAGAUUUUAAUAAAGGUGAAAUUAAUAAAUAUUAAUUUGAGUCCUUUGCGAUAUUUUUAAGUAAUUACAAAAAAUAUUAUCAUCAUCAUUUA